AUGCCCAGAAAUGUUUUUCAACUUAUCAAUGCUAACAUCGAGACUUACGAUGUCACAACUCUUCCGGAUGAAGUUGAGAAAGAAAGUUGUUUUAUGGGUGAUGAAGAAGAGAGUGAGGACAGUGCAUCCGAUGAAGAGGAAAAUCCAGAGAAUAAAGAAGAGACUGAAGAAGAAGACUAUUUGAGUUGUGAUGAGUGGGAUGUUGAAGUGAGACAAAAAGUAAAUGAUAAAGAGACUAUAGAAAAGGGGUUAAUCAAAGCAUCAAACACGCCAAACUCAAAUGACAAGUUUGGCAAAAUUAGGGAAGUGUUGGAAGCUUUUAUUCACAACUUAGUGAACAACAAAUACUUUACACCAAGCACCACACUAUCGGUUGAUGAACACCUUUGCGCAUUCAAGGGAAAGAUAUGGGCAAAGGUAUUCAUCAAGUCCAAACCUCAGCGUUACGGCAUCAAGUUUUGGAUGUGCCGUGUUUGUGAAAGUGGUAUGGUUAUAAACCUACAGAUGUACUGUGGAAAGUGCGACAAGAAAAAAGAAAAUCAAGGAUUUCGGGUGACGAUAGAUAUGGUGGCUCCACAAUUGUGUAUGGGAAAGUUUGUGACAGUUGUAUGUGACAACUUUUUCUGCAGCUUAAGAUUGGCACAUUAUUUGGCUCAAUGUGGUUCAACAUUGCUUGGAACUGUGCGAAAAAAUAGAGUUGAGGUACCAGAAGAAGCCAAGCAAAUCAAACGUUAUGACCCCAAUGAUGAUAAGAAGGCUACUACAAGAGAGGCAGAUUCAAAGGAAGUGUACACAAAAGGU